GUCGUGUACUCGUUUUCCCUUCCAAGGCACCCGUUGCGAGGGCGGAGGCGCCGAUGGCCGGGGCGGGAGCGGGGGCGCUGGCCGGGCUCGCAGCGUGCGCGACGCUGGCGUGCAACGUCGCAGGCGCCGUGCUCUUCCUCCUCAGCCAAGACGACGAGCGGCUGCGGCGCGGGUGUGCGGCGAGGUUGGGCGCUGGCGGCGUCGCGUCGCAGCCGGUGGAGGAGUGCGGGGAUGAAGAGGCGCUCGCGCCGGACGCCGUCCUCAACCUCGAGCUCGGCGACCCGACGAUGUACCGGGCGUUCUGGCGGGAGGUUGGGGACUGCGGCGCCACCGUGAUCCGCGGGUGCCAGGGGAUGAGCUACUUCUCCGACGACGACGCCGUGCUCUGCUGGUUCCUCGAGCCGGAGCUGGAGCGCGAGGUGCGCCGACUCCACCGCAUCGUUGGAAACGCCGUCGUCGACGGCUACCACCUCGUGGUCGGCACCGGCGCCACCCAGCUCUACCAGGCCGCCAUGUACGCGCUCAGUUCGCCGGCGCGCCGGGACCAGCCCGUACCCGUCGUCUCGCCGGCGCCGUACUACUCUUCCUAUCCGCCGCAGACAGACCUCCUGCUGUCGGACUUCUACCGCUGGGCCGGCGAUGCCAACACGUUCACCGGCGAUGAAUGCAUCGAGCUGGUCUGCUCGCCGAACAACCCCGACGGCGCCAUCCGCGAGGCCGUCGUGAGGUCCGCCGGCGCCAAGGCGAUCCAUGACCUGGUGUACUACUGGCCACAGUACACGCCCAUCACCGGGCCCGCCGCCCACGACAUCAUGCUCUUCAGCGUGUCCAAGCUCACCGGCCACGCCGGCACGAGGCUCGGGUGGGCGCUGGUGAAGGACCGCGAAGUGGCCAGGAAUAUGGUCUACUUCGUCGACCGCAGCACCACCGGCGUAUGCAAGGAGUCGCAGAUGCGCGCCACCGAGAUCCUCGGGGUGGUCUCCGACGCCUACGAGGCCGUCCCGCCGGCCAGGGCCAGCGGCGCGGUGCCCCGCCUCUUCGACUUCGCGCAGCGGCGCCUGGAGGAGCGCUGGCGCAUCCUGCGCGCCACCGUGGCUGCCACCGGCGCCUUCAGCCUGCCCGAGGAGACCUCCGGCUACUGCAACUUCGCCAAGCAAACCGUGACAGCUUGCCCUGCGUUCGCGUGGCUGCGAUGUGAGAAGGAGGGCGUCGAGGACUGCGCCGAGUUGCUCGCCGGCCACAAGAUCGUGGGUAGCGGCGGGGAGCAGUUCGGAGGAGACGCGCGGUGCGUCAGGAUCAACAUGCUGGACAGGGACAACGUGUUCAACAUGCUCGUCCAGCGCCUCUCCUCUAUAAACUGAACGGAGUGAAUGCAUGGAGUGGCACAGCAGCCUGCAUUGCCACAAAUAAAAUGAACCCAGAAGGAUCUGGUGUCUUUUUCUUUUGUCAGUUUGGUAUCUUGGGUCCUGGUAGAGAAACUUUGUUUCGGUUUGCUUUUGAUGCUUUGGACUGAACUGUGUGUCAACUCAGUAGACUGUUAUGGAUUCAGGAAUAAAAUAAGAGAGAGAAGGGUUUCUGUGCUAGAAUCAAUACCAUGAACUAUUCAGCUAU